AUGGCCUCGGAAGAUCCAUCAAGUCACCUCGCCGAGUCUGGCAUCACUAUGCAUUCUGACAGCGAACAAUACUCCCCAGGCGAGGAGCUCUCCACCUCACCUGAGAGCUCGGGCUCUCCCGUCAUUCUCUACAAGCCGCCCACUGUUUUGUCAUUAAUACGAGGUGCCGCUAUCAACCUGCUGCUUCCUUUUAUCAAUGGUAUGAUGUUGGGAUUCGGAGAGCUAUUUGCUCACGAAGCUGCCUUUAGAUUAGGUUGGGGAGGCACGAAGGUCUUUCCCAUGUCACGAAGACGGGCGCACCCGAUCGGCCCCGGUAUUGAGGUCCGAGAGCGGCGACGAGGACCAGGACCUUCGUUGGAUGACUUGGCAAGCUUGGAAUAG